AUGGCCAACCCUAACGUACUCACCUUCGAUGUUGAGGGUAGAGCGGUCGAUUUUGAGGUCUGGGUCGAUGAUCUGCAGCUUUUCCUGCAGUGCGAUAGCAAGGAUGGUGUCUCACUGUUUGAUCUCACUUCUGGCGCCUCUGUUGCACCUGCUGCUGAUGCUGCCAGUACUGUUCGCUCACAGUGGACCACGCGCGAUGCUGCUGCCCGUCUUGCUGUCUGUAGUCACCUGCCGUCUGCUGAGCGCGCGCACUUUAGCCAGUACAAGACUGCUAGCACUAUGUACACUGCUGUUGUUGCGCGCUACUCCUCCCCUGCCACUUCUACCCUUAGCCGCCUCAUGCUGCCGUACCUGUUCCCUGACCUAGCUGCUUUUGCCACAGUCGCUGACCUCUUUAAGCACCUCCGCACUAGUGACACCCGCUACCGCGCUGCGCUUCCUGCCGAGUUCUGCGCCGCGAACCCCCCCCCUAUGUACAUCACUCUCUACUACCUCGUCACCCGGCUCCCUGACUCCCUUCGCUCGGUCAGGGACCACUUCCUCUCCCUUUGCCCCACCACGCUCACCGUUGACCUCCUCGAGGAGCGCCUCCUUGCAGCUGAGAAGAGUAUAGUCGCUGUAGGAGCCUCUCGUGGUGACCCUCGUGCCCCUUUCUUUGAGGGGUGCUCCCCCGUCCCUCUUUUGCCCUCUGUUGCCUCUGCUGCUGCUGCCGACCUCGUUGGCACCGAGUCGGUUGGCGCUGCGUCUACCCCUAGUGGGAAGCGCCGCUACGGCAAGGGCAAGGGGGGCAAGGGGGGUGGAGGGGAUGGAGGGGGCGGCGGUGGUGGCGGUGGAGGAGGCGGAGGGGGUGGGGGUGGAGGUGGGAGUGGUGGCGGGAGUGGGGGCUUCGGUGGCGGCGGUGGAGGUGGAGGCGGCGGAGGCAGCGGCAGUGGAGGUGGAGGUGGCGGCGGCGGCGGUGGAGGUGGGGGUGGCGGUGGUGGGCAGCGGGGAGGCUCGAGCGGUGGCCAGCGCCAGCAGCAGCAGCGCUCCCGUGAGACCCCGUCGCCUCAGCAGCUUCGUGAGUGGUACGCUGGGCGUGGGAGGUCUGGGGGUGCUGGUCCCUGCACCUACGUUCUUCGCACCGGCGACCGCAAUGGAGAGACGUGCGGCGGCCCGCACACCACUCCACGCUGUUUCGGCCGCCUGACUGACGCCUGGCGUGCACAGUUCCCUGGCUCAACUGAGAUCCCUCGCUGGGGUGAUCUGCUUAGGUCGGGGGUUGCUAUCUUUGAUCUUGACUAUGACACUAUCCUUGGUGCUAUGUAUGCUGUGUCUGUGUGUGCUGAGGGUGACUGUUACCUGUGUGUUCCGCCCGACCCGGGCAUUGAGGCUGCUGCUCUAGGUGCUAGUGAGUCUGCUGCUCCAGGUGCUGGUGAGGCUGCUCUCUUAGGUACCGCGUCGGCUCAGGUCUUGCACACUUUCACCCUUGACUCGGGUGCUUCCCGCUCCUUCUUUCGCGACUGCACCACACUCUCGCCGCUCAGUCGGCCGGUGGCACUCUCUCUGGCUGACCCCUCUGGGGGACCAGUUGUGGCCCGUUCCUCCACUGUUCUCCCGUGUCCUGCGGCUCCGUCCGGCUCGCUGUCUGGUCUUCACCUCCCCUCGUUCUCUACGAACAUGGUGGCGGGUGCUGAUCUUCGGGAUGGGGGUGUUCACCAGUUCACCCCUGCCUAUCAGCGUGUAACGCACUGCACGUGUGCUCGGACGGGCAGUCACCUGGCCACGUUCACCCGUCGGCCAGGGUCCAGCCUGUACACCCUUACCACUGAGUCUCCUCCUGUCACUGCGACUGAGUCCCUCCCACCCCUUCCUCCGGGGCCUGCCCCUACCUGCGUUCCCUGCGUCAAGGGCCGGCAGCGCGCCGCUCCUCACUCCUCCGAGUUUCCUCCGACAGAGGCUCCCCUGCAGAAUCUUCACAUGGACGUGUGGGGCCCAGCCCGCGUCCGUGGACAGGGUCACGAGCGUUACUUCCUGCUGGUUGUUGACGACUACUCGCGUUACACCACGGUCUUCCCCUUGCGCCGCAAGGGUGAGGUCACUGAGGUGUUGAUCGACUGGAUCCGCGCUGCUCGUCUCCAGCUCAGAGAGAGUUUCGGCUCGAACUUUCCUGUUGUGUGUCUGCACUCAGACAGAGGUGGAGAGUUUUCCUCCGACCUUCUGCGAGCCUUCUGUCGGGCGGAGGGCAUCCGCCAGACGUUCACGCUUCCGGCCUCUCCACAGCAAAAUGGGAUUGCUGAGCGCCGCAUUGGCAUGGUCAUGGAUGUCGCUCGUACGUCCAUGAUCCAUGCGGCUGCUCCCCAUUUUCUGUGGCCGUUCGCAGUUCAGUACGCGGCGCAUCAGAUCAACCUCCAGCCCCGGGUCUCCAUGCCGGAGACCUCCCCCACUCUGCGGUGGACGGGGAAGGUUGACGAUGCGUCUGCGUUCCGUGUCUGGGGAUCUCGAGCUUUCGUCCGCGACUUGUCUGCGGACAAGCUGUCCUCCCGUGCCGUUCCCUGCGUCUUCCUUGGCUUCCCCCCUGACGCGCCUGGUUGGCAGUUUUACCACCCCACCUCGCGCCGUGUUCUGUCCACUCAGGACGUCACGUUUGACGAGUCGGUUCCUUACUACCGUCUCUUCCCCUACCGCACUGCCCCCCUCCCCCCCCCGCCGCUCUUCCUCGCGCCAGGUACUCCUCCGGUAGACCCCCGCCCCCCUCAGGGUCCUGCCCCCUCAGGUGUGUCUCAGGUAGACGCAGUCGAGCCUGUUGAGGUAGCUGUUGACUCUGGUGCUGCUCGGGGUGCUGAGCCUGGGGGUGCUGAGCCUGGGGUUGCUGAGCCUGGGGGUGCUGAGCCUGGGGUUGCUGAGUCUGGGGGUGCUGAGCCUGGGGGUGCUGAGCCUGGAGGUCCUCCGAGUGUCCCGUCGCGGCGGGAGCCCCUCUCUCCACGGCAGCUUCGUGAGUGGUACGCUCGGCGCUGUAGCCGUGCUGCUGGAGCUGGGGGGCCUACUGCUAUACGUGCUGCUGGUGCUGGAGCUGCUGGAGGUGCUGCUGGUGCUGGAGCUGCUGGUGGUGCUGCUGGAGGUGCUGCUGGUGCUGGAGCUGCUGGAGGUGCUGCUGGUGCUGGAGCUGCUGGAGGUGCUGCUGGUGCUGGAGCUGCUGGAGGUGCUGCUGGUGCUGGAGCUGCUGGAGGUGCUGCUGGUGCUGGAGCUGCUGGAGGUGCUGCUGGUGCUGGAGCUGCUGGAGGUGCUGCUGGUGCUGGAGCUGCUAGAGGUACUGCUGGUGCUGGAGCUGCUGGAGGAGCCGCUGGUCCUGGAGGUGCUCGUACUGGAGGUACUGGAGCUACUGGGACUGGAGCUGCUGCGGGAGUUGGAGCUGGAGGUGCUGGAGGUGCUGGAGCUGCUGGUGAUGCUGCGGGAGUUGUAGCUGGAGACCCUGGAGCUGAGGGUACUGGUGCUUUCUCUGCUGGUUCAGGAGGUGCUGCGCGGCCGCGGCCGUACUACGUUCCGCUCCUUCAGCAGGUUCUUGGCCUCCUGCCCUCUACUGGUUCUACUCCUCUCCUACUGAGUCCACCGCCUGUCCAGUCGCAGUUACAGUUACAGCCAGCCUCUCCACUGCCUGGUCCUUCUCCUUACACUGGACCGACUAGAGGUCUUACGGAGCGUCGUGAGCCUGAGUCUCGUCCUGCGUCGCCUGAGUCUCGUCCAGCGUCGCCUGUCCGCGCUGUCCGCACUGGUCGUCGUGCUCCGCGUGAGCGUCCUCCUCCUGUCCCUGGCACUCACCAUAUGACUCUGCGUCCUUCCACUGCUCCACAGCAUGUCCCUCUGCCGUCUCCUCCUGCGUCCUCUCUUCCUGACGGUCCGAACCCGGAGUCUUACUCCCUUCGUGCUGCCAGUCCUACUGUCACGCGUUUCCUCGCCACUGUUGUCACUGACCCUUCCUUUGAGUCCACUGCUACGUCUACUCUAGUUGCUGAGCUUGUUGACUUUGCUGCCGCCUGUCGUCUAGACUACGCCGCUAGCCUUGUUGCUGAGUCUGAGUCUGUCUGUCCUCCGUCCCUCGGGGGUGAGUGUGCUCUUGGCACGGACGGAGACCCGGAUGCACCAGACAUCCCGACCCCGCGCUCUUACGCAGAGGCGAUAGAGGGUCCCAACUCCUCUCAGUGGCUGUCAGCCAUGGACGCAGAGAUGGCUUCCUGGAAGUCCACAGGCACCUACGUCGACGAGGUUCCCCCGCCUGGGGCGAACAUCGUCAGUGGCAUGUGGAUUUUCAGGGUGAAGCGGCCGCCGGGUUCUCCGCCUGUCUUCAAGGCGCAUUACGUUGCACGAGGCUUCAGUCAGCGUGAGGGAGUUGACUUCUUCCAGACCUUCUCCCCUACCCCGAAGAUGACCACUCUUCGGGUUCUGCUGCACGUCGCCGCUCAACGUGACUACGAGCUCCACUCUCUUGACUUCAGCACUGCUUUCCUACAGGGCAGCCUGCACGAGGAGAUUUGGCUGCGCCGCCCACCUGGCUUCACUGGGUCGUUUCCUCCUGGUACCCAGUGGAGCCUCCGGCGGCCAGUCUACGGUCUCCGCCAGGCACCCCGUGAGUGGCACGACACACUGAGGACGACUCUUGCUGCUCUUGGGUUUGCUCCUUCUACUGCUGACCCGUCGCUGUUUCUACGCACCGACACCACUCUGCCGCCGUUCUACGUUCUCGUGUACGUACACGACUUGGUCUUUGCUACUGCUGACACUGAGGCACUCGCCCACGUGAAGUCGGAACUGCAGAAGAGACACACGUGCACAGACCUGGGUGAGCUGACAAGCUAUCUUGGCUUGCGGAUCACCCGGGACAGAGCACAGCGCACCAUCACCUUGACUCAGUCACACAUGGUGCAGCAGGUCCUUCAGCGCUUCCGCUUCACGUACUCCUCGCCACAGUCCACUCCUCUGCCUACCGGUCACUCGCUCUCAGCUCCACCUUCGGACGAGUCCGUAGAGCCGAGUGGCCCAUAUCCAGAGCUUGUGGGCUGCCUCAUGUACCUGAUGACCUGCACUCGACCUGACCUUGCCUACCCUCUUAGCAUCCUAGCACGCUAUGUCGCUCCUGGCCGACACAGGAAGGAGCACAUGGAUGCUGCUAAGAGGGUGUUGCGCUACUUGUGCAGUACGUUGGGCAUGGGGCUCGUGCUUGGAGGGCGAGGUCCAGUUGUCCUCACUGGUCACGCUGACGCUUCUUGGGCUGACGACUUGACUACGCAGCGGUCCUCCAGUUGUGAGGCUGAGAUCUACGCAGGGGCCAUGGCUGCACAGGAGUUACGCUGGCUCACCUACCCGCUGACCGACCUUGGAGAGCCGCCUCGUUCUCCUCCAGUGCUGUACGUCGACAACAAGGCCAUGAUUGCCUUGUGUCAGGAGCACAGACUGGAGCACAGAACGAAGCACAUCGCUCUGCGCUACUUCCUUGCUCGAGAGUUGCAGCAGCGUGGUCAGCUUCGUCUUGCUUACGUGGCCACUCGGGCCAACACUACUGAUGUCUUCACCAAGGCGCUUCAGUCUUGUGAUCAUCAGCGUUUCUGUACUGUUCUAGGCCUUGUGCCUACUGUGCCUCACUUGCUUACUUCCUGA